AUGGAGGCCCUCAACUCGUACCAGACGCCGCUUUCCAGCCGCUAUGCGAGCAAGGAAAUGUCCCAUCUCUUCUCGCCAGAGAUGCGCUUCUCGACGUGGCGCAAGCUAUGGCUCAACCUCGCCAUCGCCGAAAAGGAGCUCGGGCUGCCCAUCUCGGACGAAGCUCUAAGCCAGAUGAAGGCCAACCUCAACUUGACGCCGGAGCAGUUUGAGAUCGCUGCGCAGGAGGAGAAGAAGAGGAGGCACGAUGUUAUGGCGCAUGUUCAUACGUUUGGGCAGGUCGCGCCUGCCGCUGCGGGUAUCAUCCACCUCGGUGCCACAUCCUGCUACGUAACCGACAACGCAGACCUCAUCUUCCUGCGCCACGCCCUCACCCUCGUCUACCACAAGCUCGCCCUCGUGAUCUCCCGCCUAACCGCCUUCGCCAUCAAAUACCGGUCCCUCCCCACCCUCGGCUUCACGCACUUCCAGCCCGCGCAGCUGACGACCGUCGGCAAGCGCGCGAGCCUAUGGCUGCACGAGCUCCUCAUGGACCUGCGCAACAUCAAGCGCGCGCGCGACGAUAUCGGGUUCCGCGGCGUGAAGGGCACCACUGGUACUCAGGCGUCUUUUUUGGCGCUGUUUGAUGGGGACCAUGAGAAGGUUGAACUGUUGGAUAAGAGGGUGACGGAGCUGAUGGGGUUCGAGUUCGCGUAUCCUGUGAGCGGACAGACGUAUACGCGCAAAGUGGACAUCGAUGCGCUCGCGCCGCUCGCGAGUUUCGGGGCCACGGCGCAUAAGAUCGGCACUGAUCUCAGGCUGCUCGCGAACCUCAAGGAGAUCGAAGAGCCCUUCGAGUCAACCCAAAUCGGCUCCUCAGCCAUGGCCUACAAACGCAACCCCAUGCGCUCCGAGCGCAUCUGCUCGCUCUCGCGCCACCUCAUGGUCCUCCACCAAAACGCGCUCAUGACCGCCGCGACGCAGUGGUUCGAGCGCACGCUCGACGACUCGGCCAACCGCCGCAUCACGCUCCCCGAGGCGUUCCUCACGGCCGACGUCGUGCUCACGACGCUGCAGAACGUGAUGGAGGGGCUCGUGGUGUACGAGAAGGUCAUCGAGCGGCGGAUCAGGGAGGAGCUGCCGUUUAUGGCGACGGAGAAUGUUAUUAUGGCUAUGGUUAAGAAGGGCGGGGAUAGGCAGGAGGCGCACGAGCAUAUUCGCGUCCUCUCGCACCAAGCAGCGCACCAAGUCAAACACCUCGGCCUCCAAAACGACCUCAUCCAGCGCAUCGCCGAGCACCCGUACUUCGACCCCAUCAAGCCCGAGCUCGCCGCGCUGCUCGACCCGCAGUCGUUCGUCGGCCGCGCGCCGGAGCAGGUGGACGCGUUUGUGCGGGAGUGGGUCGAGCCUGCGCUUGGGGAGCCCGAGCUGAGGAAGGUUAUUGAGGAGGGCGGGAGGGUGAGGGCUGAGUUGAGCGUUUGA